AUGGCCGACACAAGGCAAUUUUACUCUUUGCCGAAGAUCUCUAAGCGAACGGACGUCGGCUCAUUGCAGCUUAAAGAUGGUCCGAUCCCUAAAGUCAGCGACAAGGAUGUCUUCGUCAAAGGUUACGCAUCUAGUUUAAGUUUCUGCGACCUUAUCGUGUAUAUGGCGAAUGAGCGCGGGACGGGUGCGCUCGAUCGGACUCUGACCUUCCCUUGGCUGCGCUUGAGGCUCGCAUGGCAACGACUCAAAGGUGACAAGUGGCAGGAGGCCGACCGCGUUUGCUUCAUCGUCAAUGGUCACCACCAAAAGAGCUCCGACCCGGACGACGAAGAAGCGGCGUUUACUCUCGGCGGGGCUUGGGACGACAUCCUUUCGAUGCACGACUCAGGCAGGGCGACGUACGUUAACGCAUUGUGCGGCUUGCCAGGGCAUGCACUCAGGCCCAGAGACAGCAUCGUUGCCGAAGGAACGCUCAACGUCUCGGUCUUUGCACUUCAGCUCGAUACUGCAGCCGGUGCAAAGGCGGGUAUCACUAACUCUUCGGGUGACAAGCUGGACGUCGCAAAGAAAGAAAUCGACUGCGUGAUCGGACCGGCUCGGCGAGGCUUUACCGCACUCGCACACGGUGGCGUCGUCUCCAUCGGAUUCGUUGGUAGUUUCAGCAAGAAGGUUGACUUUAUGUUCUACACGCUGUCCAAGAACUGCGUACUCCGCGGUCUCCUUGUCGGGUCACGCGAGAUGUUCAAAGACACGGACCGACUCAUCGAUGUGCACAAGAUCAAGCCGCUUGUCGACAAGGUCUUCGUUUUCAAGGAUGCAGCAGAGGCAUGCCACUGCCAGCUUAACCAGCAACGCAUUGGCAAAGUCAUAAUCAGUGUUCAGUAG